CGGGCGAGUUAGCCGAGUAGUUUAUCGUUAACGGACAGUAACGGGAAUAAGGGGAAAGACGGAGAGGAGGCGAACCGGAGAGCCUGCGUCCCCGGGUUUGGUGAGCCGAGAGAGGAGCUCCAAAAGUCGGCAGGAAUCAGACAGAAGCGUCGGUGUAGCUAACUCACUCUUUCUGGUGACUCAACAAGAUCACACUGUCUUCACUACGCUCCUCUCAUGCUGACUGAAAAUGGAUGAUACACAGGACGGGGUUCAGAUUGGAGAGAACAAGUUCAUCAGCAAGGCAACAAUCCUCUCCCAUCUUAAGACAUACAACCUCUACUAUGAAGGGCAGAAUCUACAGCUCAGACACAGAGAGGAAGAGGGGGAGCUAAUUGUCGAGGGCUUGCUAAAUAUCUUCUGGGGUCUGCGGCGACCAAUCAGGCUUCAGAUGCAGGAUGACCACGAGCGAAUUCGACCACCCCCCUCCUCCACGUCCUGGCACUCGGGUUGUAAUCUGGACAGUCAAGGUUCCCCCAACAGCACAGAUGGUCAACAGAUGACACCGCAGAGCCCGCCCACAGUGGAAGUGACGCCACCCGACAACCAACCCAAUGACAACGGUAUGACAGAAGAAGAGACAGAAGAGGACAGUGAGAGCUCCGCUCAGCUCCUCAGGACAAAGAGUGAUGCCGGAGUCUUAAGACGGGGCCAGCGACGGUCACCGAGCGACCAGAGGAAAAUUCGACGCCAUCGCUUCUCCAUCAACGGACACUUCUACAACCAUAAGACAGCAGUGUUUACUCCUGCUUAUGGCUCAGUGACUAAUGUCCGCAUCAACAGCUGCAUGAGAACACCUCAGGUGCUACGAGUCCUCCUCAACAAGUUUAAAAUUGAAAACAGCCCAGAUGAUUUUGCACUCUACCUUGUCCAUGCAAGCGGAGAGCGUGUGAAGCUGAAGCGGAGUGACUAUCCUCUGGUGCUGAGAGUAAUGCAGGGUCCAUGUGAGCUGGUCUGUAAAGUUUUCCUCAUGGAAGAAGAUCUGGGGGAAGAAGUCACAUAUGAUGUGGCACAGUAUAUCAAGUUUGAGAUGCCUGUCCUGCAGAGUUUCAUCACCAAGCUGAAGGAGGAGGAGGACAGAGAGGUGCAGAAACUCAGGAGAAGGUAUAAUUACCUGCGGUGUAUAAUUGAAAAACAGCUCCGGUGUCUUCCAGAGGGUGCAACCUGUAUUUGAUCUGCUCAUGGUGAGGACUCCUUCCAGCACAUCAAACUGUCAAAACCUUUCCCAGAGUACAAUAUCCUCCACCCAGCUGUGCCUGAGAAUUAGCUGACAAGAACCUGAUUAUCCUGCUCCUUUGAAUCCCUGCUUCUGCAUGGAGUCUUUUUCAAAUCAAUCAUUCAAUUUACAGACAAAACUUUAACAUGCCAUGACUUGUGUGCAUGUUAAGUGUGACCAUCUCAGCAAUAGUCUUGAGAGUCAUGAUGACUCACAACCUUGUAAAGUGUAUUGAAACUCAAUCAUUUCAUCUCUGCUUUUUUCUCUAUAUUUCUUUGUCCUUAUGUACAGUACAUACAGAAAGACAUUCCUCUACACCUGAGUAAUUUUAAUGUCUUUGCAACAAAGUACUUUGCAGAAUGAGCCUAAAAUGUGACGUCCUGUCUUCUGUCUACCCCCCCCAGACUGCACAGUGAUACCCAAAAUCAAUUUAAAGCACAAACUUCAUAAUAUAUGCUCUUAGCAAAGUGCCUGUUAAAGGUUUCUUCAAGCACAAAGACACACACUUUGAUGAAAUAUUUAGAAGGACAUUUUGGGGGUUUUAACAGGAAAGUACAAAGCUAUGGUAGAACCAUGUCAGACCACACAGUUCAGGUUAAAUGUGAAACUGACCAGACCAUAAGCAAAAGGUUGUGGCCCCAAAAGCUGACACCAUCCAGUGCCGGAUUGCACUGGGUGUUUUCAUGGUCCUCGCUUUUUCAGAAUUUGUUAAAUAUUGUAAUUGAAAGAAUGAAUAUGAUUGACCCUCCCCUUUUUAUUGCAGCUGAGAACUUCUCUGCAGGGGUUAUUGAAGGCCAUGUGAAGGGAACGUGUGUAUGUUGUCACCAUCAGUCUGAUGGUGACAACAGUUGUGCCUUCUCUGCAGGCGUACAAACUGAAUGUUUAAGACAUUUUAUGAUUGAAGUUAAGGAAUAGUUUGGUAUUUUCGGAAAUACAUUCCUUCAUUUUCUUGCUGACAGUUAGCUGAGAGGAUUGAUGCCACUCUGCACUGUAUAUAUGAGGCUACAACCAGCCACUUAGCUUAGCUAAACUUAGCAUAAAGAUUGGAAAAGGGAAAUGACAAGUUGUAGUUUUACAGGGGUUUAUGCACCAGAUUAUAUCUUGGUUGAGACCUUGAGACCUAGUGUGGCACAUAACCUCCUGUAACAUUUUUUUUUUCCACAGUCAAUUCAUCAAACUCUGCAAAAAAUCAAAUAAGUAUAUUUUCUAAAAUGUCAAACUUUUCCUUUAAAGAGAAAAAUCCAUCUGGAAAUAAUUUAACACUUUUAGGCCCCUUUUAUUUUCUGGCUAUCUGAAUGUUCUUACUUGUUUUACUGCCUUAAGUAAGAUGACAAUGAGAUUUUAAGCACAGUAAAAUAGUAUUUGACAGAAUAACAAUUUUAAUAUUCAUUCUUCACACAAUGUCAGAAGACACGAAGUCUUAACGCCUUGUUGAAGAAUAUUCAUGGGUGGAUUUUUUUUUUUUUUUUUUUUUUCCUUUUACAUCCAACAAAGAAUGACGCAAAAAACACAAAACACAAGUGAAAUCCCACAAGACUGUGAAUUAUACUGAUUAUCUUUAAUGGAGAAUGUUUUAAAUGUGCAAAAGAUCGUUUCAAAGCAGUACAGUUUGCCUCCACAUGUACAGCGCUUUGCAUAUGUCUGCUUUUAUCUGUGUGCGUACAGAACGAUGUUUUAGUAUUUCCAACACCUUUGUUGAAAAUCUCGCAGUACACAGUGGACUAUGUCAUCAAGUGUGUGUGUGUGUGUGUGUGUGUGUGUGUGUGUGUGUGUGUGUGUGUGGUUCUGAAAGUGUGCAUGUUGUAUUUUUAGUGACUGUUAAGACUUGCCUGCUUUUGUAUUUUGUCUUUUACAAAACAAUGAAGAAACUCAGUCUUUAAAAUGUUCAGAACUCAUGCUACU